AAGAGUUCUCAGAUACCUAAACUUUCUGAGGCGAUGGUUAGGGUUGAAGAGAUGGAGCAGAAAUUGAACGAUGUUGUGCGGGGGAUUCAUGAGGAAAGGAGUUGUUCGGGAAAUAGUUUGGAGAGUGAUUUAGUUGGGAAAUCACUGGGUGGUAAUGAUGGAGAGAAGGCUAAUAGGAAGAGGUCUGUUUUGCCUGAUUUCGUUAGAGAUGGCAAGGGGUUCUGUAGGGCUGAAGGAUCCGAGUCUGAGAACAGGAUCGAAACAAUGGAAGAGGGAUUGACUGAAGUUGUGAGCAGAACUUCUAAAAAACCUGUAGUUGAGAAAUCUUUGGGUGACAAGGAUGGAGAGAAGCCUGAUAGGAAAAGUUCUCGUACACCUGAAUUUGUUAAAGAUGGCGAAAGUCUCCAUAGCCCUGAAAGGUCGGAGUCUAAGAAAGUGGUUGAAGAGACGAAGAAGAAAUUGAAUAAUGCUGUGAGAAAAAUUUCGAAGGAAGGGGAUGUUUUAGGAAAGAUUUUGGUGGAUGAUGUAGGUGGGAAACCUUUGGGGGAGAAGGAUGGCAAGAAGUCUAACAGAAAGCGUUCUCUAAUGCCUGAUGCAGCGGCAAAAGUUGGAAGCGAAGGAGGCCAGUCAUUUGAAGUUCGGGGUGAUAGGUUGAUUGUGCUAGCUUUGAUGGCUGCUGAAAGGUGCCCAUGGAUGCAGGGAGAAAGAGUAAAGGUUCCGUUGGUUUGCAAUCUAGACAGAAGAAACCCAGAAGCGGUUGAAUUUUCUGUGGUUUGAUUGAAGACUGAUAAUGGAAAGAUUAAUAGCUGAAGAGGAGAAGGUAGAAGAACAAAAUAAUUACUAAGGAAACAUUUAUUGCAUAUCUUGUUUUGCAUUUGAUCAAUUUUUUUCUUUAUUACCCAUGGUUUUAUGUAAUUUGUUGAUUUGUAUUUAUUUUGGUAUAUCUAAUAAUGGAUUGUUAAAGAUGAG